CCAGCAGGUUUGAACUGUUAACGUCUCUGCGUGGUCGGAGCGGAGCUGAAAAGUUUCAGUGGGAGUUCGGAUCGGCCCUUUCUGGUGAGGGAGGGAGAGAGAGAGAGUGCUGCCGGUGGGCAUCGCCAGGUGCCUUCCCUCCCACCCUGAUGCAAUAUGAGGAAGAGAGAGCCUGUGAGAGGGAAUACUCCUCUGAGAAGAUCUACCCGCCUGCAGCAAGAGAGAACAGAGGCAGAGGAUCCAUUCACAAAUCUCCAGAAAAUUCCCAUCCUGGAUCUGGAAACCCAACCUCCACCCCCCACCAGUGGCGAGAGGGGAGCUGGCCACCCUAGCGGAGAUGAGCACAUGAAGUUUACCAAGAUGCAGGCUUCAAAGGAUCGCCACUCAAAAGCAAGGAGAACUGUUGAUAUCCUGCAGCCCCGGGAGAGCAUUAAAGCUCACAGACAAGUUAUCCCAACUAAGGAGCCAUCACCUCCUCCUCUAUCCAGUGGCCCUGUAUUGGUAUUAGGGCCAGAAGCUCCAAGAGACAGCAAGCAAGCCAUGCCGGAAAAAGACAAUCUGUUGCCCCCUUUUGUCAGGCUGAAGAGACUGGACAUCCCACCGGAAGAGGAGUCUUCCCCACACCAAAACAGGCCCAAAGAGCCACAGGACCCGAACGUCGACUGGGAAGUGGUGAAAGACCUAGCCCAGAGAGGAAACCCGUGCUCUUGAGGUCCAGGAGACCAGAUCGGAGGCGCUUGAGAAGUGCAGACAACCUUGUGUGGAACAAAGGAGAGGCACCAAGGCAGCAAGGCAUGGUGGCAAACAGGACUGUAAGGAAGCAGGGCAGGGUGGGGCACGCAUCUCAGUGGUGGAGCCCCACCUUUCAAGCCCAAGCCAGGAAGGAGGCUGACCCGCACAAGCUGCCGAGUACGGUUUUGCCGGCCAAAACAGCCGGACGAAGAUGGGCCAAGCGGUUCCUGUCUGUGCCCUGUCUCUGCCUUCUCCUGUUUCUGCUCAUCCUGGGCUUCGCUUGCUGGUUCAUCUGGAAACACGGAAGCCCUGUCUCUUCCCUGGAGCUGGCUGCUUAUGGGCAGUGGGGGCUGGGCAGCAUUCCGACGCUGUGGAGCAGGACAGAAGAAUGUGGAACUCAGUGCAGCCUCGUAUUGGUGGAGAGCAUUCCAGACACAUUGGAAUACCAACCGGAGGACCCUCGUCAUCUGAGCAUCUACCAGGCUUGGAUGGACCUUCUGGCUGGAGCCAACAGCAGUGUGGAUAUUGCCGCUUUCUACUUCACUCUCCGAGACUCCGAUAUUAAGGUGCAGGAUCCCUCUGCUCAGCAGGGCAGAGAUGUGUUUGACUCACUGCUGGGCCUGCCUUCUCUGGGCGUGAAGCUCAGCAUCGCCGUGAAUAGCCCUCAGAUGUCCAAGGACGACACAGAGGAGUUCGCCAACCGAGGUGCAGACGUACAAUAUGUCAACAUGAAGAAUUUGACCGGGGGGAUCGUGCACACCAAGUUCUGGGUAGUAGAUCAGAAGCAUGUCUACAUAGGCAGCGCCAACAUGGACUGGCGCUCACUCACUCAGGUCAAGGAACUGGGUGCUGUCCUGUACAACUGCAGCUGUCUGGCUCAGGAUCUGGGUCGUAUCUUUACUAUGUACCACAUGCUGGGAGGAGAAGAGGCUUCCAUCCCUGCAGCAUGGCCAGCCAGCCUUGCGGCAAAGUCCAGCCUAAACAGCCCCUUGAAGCUUCAACUCAACGGCUCCAGUGCCGAACUCUACAUUUCUAGUUCCCCGCCAGCCCUGUGUUCAGAAGGCCGCACCUCCGAUCUCAUGGCUAUUGUGCGCACGAUUGAGGAUGCCCGGGCUUUCGUCUACAUUGCUGUGAUGGACUAUGAGCCACAGUGCUCAUUCUGCAAACCCAAGAGGUACUGGCCCGUUAUCGACGACGCCUUGCGUGCCGCCGCCUGUGACAGAAGAGUAAAUGUGCGCCUUCUCAUCAGUUGCUGGCCACACUCGCAUCGUGACAUGUUUGUCUUCCUGGAGUCGCUCAUCAUCCUCAGCCAGAAGCCACUGAGUUGCCCCAUCGAGGUGAAUCUUUUUGUUGUUCCUGGAGAGGGAGAACAACCUCCGAUUCCAUACACACACGUCAAUCACAACAAGUACAUGGUGACUGACCGCCUGGCCUACAUUGGUACCUCCAACUGGUCUGAAGAUUAUUUUACCCAGACUGCAGGGGUGGGGUUGAUCGUCAACCAGAGCGACCAUGACAGUAUUACGGCAGGCCAGGAAUUCACCCUGCGCCGCCAGCUGGAGCAAGUGUUCCUCCGGGACUGGGAUUCCUCCCACGUUGUGCCACUCGACAGUCAUAGAAGUUGCACUAGGAGAAAUUAGGACAGCAGAUGGCCCUGCCCUGAACACCCCUGCUAUGGGCUUCCCAAAAGCAUCUGAUUGGCUGCUGCUGGAAGCAGGAUACUGGACUAGGUGGACUUUUGACCUGAGCCUGCAGAACUCUCGUGAUGUUCUCAAGCAGCCACCAAUCGGCAAAUCCUCAAGGAACAGAUUGGGCAUCUCACAAGGGGCGCCUGAAAGAACAGCUGUGGCCAGCAUAGCCACAGGAUGUGGAAUGCUUGUGUGGGGGGGGGGGGAUGCAAAUAGUUCCUGUCAGCAACCAUGUGGACUCUGGGCAGUAAAAGGGUGGGAUAUGUGUGUGCUGCAAACCAUGUAGCAAAAAGGGAAUUAAUGUACAGGGAAGAUUUUUUUUAAACUACAGUAUUUCUUUUUUUUUAAUUUGCCAGCCCAAAUUUGCCAGGUUUUGGUUGUGGAUUUUGAAGCACUGCUGGGGAAAGGAGGCAGCUGAUGCUACUCUUGGCUUGAAUCCAAGCUCUGUUGGCCUUGGGUGUUAAUAAAGUGUUGGGUAGCUCUUUUGGGGGGGCUGGGGGGGAGGAAGCUGGGACUCAGCAGGUGUCUUUUGGGAAAUAGUGGAGAGGGAUGCAUAAUAGGUAUGUAUAUAAUAGGGAUACAUAAUAUUUGUGGUCUAUUCUAGACAGUUUCUGGAGAUGGGAGAACUGUAUGAAAGUUCUUUUAAAAACACAAGUAUUUAUGUUGGUACAGAAGAAUUCUGUACAUAGGUGCAGUAAUAGGUGCAUAAAUGUUCAAAAAUGGCAAAGGACUCUGCAAGCUUGGGAGUCUGUCAGAAGUUUCCCUCAAGCUGGAUGUUGAAACAAUAACACAAAUAAUAAAAACUUGGGGGAUAGGGGAGAGAGACAGUGUCCACUGGAUGUCUCUUUCUGCAGUCUUCAGAUAGAAUGGAAGAGGUUGUUUGCAGAAUUAAACAAAGUGCUUGAUAGGAAAAGGUCACAGGCUGCAGAAAGGAUAAUGGGAGAGAAGCCAGUGCUCACUGAUCCCAGCAUACCUUGCUACACCUAAAUAUCUUUUUGAACCCCUCACUGAUGAAGUCUGCAAACUGCCCCCCCCCCCCCACCAUUCCAGCUAUUGCAACUGCCGAGUGGACAUUUGCCAUACUUAGCAACAUCCUCUCCCAUCUACUUAAAAAAGAGAUUCGAUGGCUUAUAAAAACUUUGCAUGCCAUAGUUUUUUGCUGAUUCUAAUACAGGUGCUGUUUUGUUAUACCUUUGUGGAAAAAUGAAUGCAACGCCAUCUAGAUCUAGACGAGCUAUUCUGAGGAACCUGCUUUUCUUUCCUGUACCUGUUUAUUUUGACCACCUGAGAAUACCUGAGCGGGAACACAACUCCUCCCAAGAAUUUUGCAGGUGGAUCCCGCUAGGGUUGGGGAAGGGGUUAACUUUGUGUUUGCCUUUUUGAAAGAUGCUUUUAUUUAGGGGCAUGAGGGGAGCUUGUUUGGGGAAGGGGAAUGCAUUUCUGUUUGUGUUCAGCAGUGCAGUUGUGUGUCGGUCUGUCUUUGCUCUUAUAAAGCACAUGUGUGUUUCGUUAGUACCAGGAAAGCAUAACUUCAGGCUUCAAUAGCUUCUUCCCACCCUCAUCUUUGUCUAUGAAGUCUUAGCUACAGUCCCCUAAUCAUUAUAUAUCUGCAACCCAUUCUGUAUACUAUUUGAAAACUCUACAAAUUGCAGACUUGUGCCAUUUUCCCAAUAACCUGAAAAUAUUUUUCCCCUUCCCACCAUCAGCCUUUAACAAUGUUUUGCCUCCAACUACCCAGCCUGAUGAAUAAUCCUGGAGAACGAAAAACUUUGCUCACUGUUUUUGUGGUGUUUGGGACACACACACGUCUUCCACAGAUAACAUAGAACAGUGAGCAAAGUUUUGAGUUCUCCAGGAUUAUUCAUCAGGCUUGGGAGCAGAUCUAGGAAUUGUUCUCUGGGUCAGUAUAGUUCUCUAUAACCCUUGUUUACAGCAGUAGUUCUCAACCUCUGGGUCACAACCCCUUUGGGGGUCGAACGACCCUUUCACAGGGGUCGCCUAAGACUCUUUGCAUCAGUGUUCUACAUCUGUAAAAUGGAUAAAUGUUAGGGUUGGGGGUCACCACAACAUGAGGAGCUGUAUUAAAGGGUCGCGGCGUUAGGAAGGUUGAGAACCACUGGUUUACAGGUAUGGACUGACUGAGAAGAGGGACUGUAUUAUAAUGUUGUCCUUGUGAUAUUCUGUAUUGUAAUAUCCAGGGGCCUGUCAGUGAUGACUGCCCAAAAAUCCCUUGCCAUUGUGGUCUUUCCAAUUAGCCUACCUUUUUACUCAGGGAUUUUUGUUUUUAGUUAAGCAACUGUGUGUCUUUUAUCCACACGCGCUUUAAGCAACAGGCAAGAGAGCACCCCUCUGCUGAGUCUGUGAAAGGGAAGCUGUGGGAUGAGGGAAUUGGGGGGUUUGCUUUCUAUUGCAGAAUUUAUAUUUUUAUAUGAUCGUUUUUAAUAAAAUGUUUGAAUGAUGUUGACACGUA